AUGAGAAGUUUCCGAUUUCUCUCACUUUUUUUGCUUUUCUUCAUCUUUACUCAAGCAAAUACACAUGGAGGGAAGAAAAAAGAGGCACUGGAGUCACAGCAUCAGCACAUUAGAAUAAAGAAAAAUCAACCCAGUUCAGCAACCAAAUUUCGACUCUAUAUAGAUACAACUGAAGAAGGCUGUCUGAUUUUGUUUGAUCAGUUGGAAACUCUUGACAAAUGCAGUUUCAAUACCUCUCUUCCUCUGGUGAUGAUAGUCCAUGGAUGGUCGGUAGAUGGAAUGUUAGAAGGGUGGAUCUGGAAGAUGGUAGCAGCCCUGAAAUCUCAGCAUAAACAAACAAAUGUGAUUAUUGCAGACUGGCUUACACUUGCUCACCAGCAUUACCCUAUAGCAGCACAGAAUACACGCAAUAUAGGGCAAGAGAUAGCAGGUUUCCUGGAAUGGCUGGAGGAAUCUGUUCAAUUUUCCAGAAGCAAUGUUCAUCUAAUUGGGUACAGCCUAGGAGCUCAUGUUUCAGGGUUUGCUGGCAGUUAUAUUAGUGGCACAAACAAGAUUGGAAGAAUUACAGGCCUUGACCCCGCUGGUCCUUUGUUUGAAGGAAUGUCACCAACAGACCGUUUAUCUCCAGAUGAUGCAAACUUUGUAGAUGCAAUUCAUACAUUUACUCAACAGCACAUGGGUCUCAGCGUAGGGAUCAAGCAGCCAGUGGCGCAUUUUGACUUUUAUCCCAAUGGAGGCACCUUUCAACCUGGCUGCCACAUCAUGCAUGUGUAUAAUCACAUUGCACAGUAUGGAAUCACUGGGAUCACUCAGACAGUGAAAUGUGCACACGAGAGGUCGGUUCAUCUGUUCAUUGACUCUCUACUGCAUGAUGAUAAGCAAAGCAUGGCCUACUGGUGCAACGACAUCCACACCUUUGACAAAGGAAUGUGCCUCAGUUGUAGGAAGAACCGGUGCAACACCCUGGGCUACAACAUCAGAAAGGAGAGGCUCCAGAGAAACAGACGGCUCUUUUUGAAAACACGAGCACAUGCGCCUUUCAAAGUUUACCAUUAUCAAUUCAAGAUACACUUCAUCAAUGAAAUUCAAGAGAAGCAGGUAGAACCAACUUUUACUGUCUCUCUGACAGGCACUAAAGAAGAUGCUGAAAAUCUCCCCAUCACGCUCGUUGAAGGCAUUACAGGAAAUAAAACCUAUUCCUUUCUCAUCACUCUGGACAUCGACAUUGGUGAGCUAAUGAUGAUCAAAUUCAAAUGGGAAGGAACUGCAGUUUGGGAAAAUAUCUGGGACACAGUUCAAACUAUCAUCCCCUGGACAAAGGGCAACCGUCGACCAGGACUUAUUGUAAAGACAAUAAGAGUCAAAGCAGGAGAAACACAGCAAAAAAUGACGUUUUGUUCUCAAAGUGUUGACAACGUGCACCUGCAUCCAGCCCAAGAGAAAACGUUUGUGAGAUGUCCAAACAGCUCUCGGAGACCAAAGAGAAAAUUCAGAUUAGCAAGAACAUGAACAGAGCUGCCCGUCAAGCAUUAGUAAAAUCCCACACACCUACGACAAUAGUUCAAAUGUUUUAAAUAUAUCAAGUUUAACAAAAAACAAUGUACACGGACAUUUCCAGAGGGAACAAGACAAAAAUCAAAAUUUAAUUUUAUUUUUGGGAUAUAACAGUAUACUUAAAUAUGCAUUUUGUUUGUCCUUAAAGCUGUUCCCAAACAGAUCAGCUUGCAAUUUCUUAGCCAAUAUCAUGUGUUUAUACCUAAAUUGCUUUGAAAUGUGGAAAGAUAAAACCUGCUCAGUGGAAAUGCAAACAUGAUUACUUCAAAAGACUCUUGCUAAAAGCUGACGUUGAACGCAGGGCAGAUUUCAUGUUGCUGACUCUUUAAAAAACAAUUUGCUUUCCAACUAGACAACUUGGAAUAACAAUUUGCAUACUGCAAGGUAGAAAACAAUUUUACUAGCCACAAAACAAGUAGUUCACAGGCUCCAUGGGUCAAACCUGAAGCAGCUAAAGCAUAGUUGAAUUACUUACUAAUGAACUUGGUGUGUUAAUCACUUACUGCAAAAAUAUUCUUAUUGAAGAGAGAGAAUUCUCACACCGAUAGAAAACUUUUAUGAGCUUUUAACUGAAUAACCUGCUAACAUUCAUGAGCUAAGGAGCUAUGAAGGUGACAGGCUCAUCCUUCUUGUCUGAUACCCAAUAAAACUUACAGCGUUAUGAGCCAAAUAAUUGUA